AAUACAAUAUCGCUGUGUAAUUUAUACACAUAUCAACUUCCACCUCAAUCUGGGGUUAAGAGCGGAUACUGCAGCAUUGUGUUAGUGUAUGUUCUGUUUUAAAUGAUAAAUUGAACACAAUCUUCUCACAUGUGUGAUUGAUAUAUGCCAGGCAGACUAGACUUCAGAAGCAUGGGAAAGAUGGCGCGAUCGGAGCUACACACGACAGACCGAGUUGUGGAUAUUUUACGAUUUGUCCUCGUUGCACAGACGUUACAGUAUUGUCUGUCAUGUUUGUGUGUAGCACAAAGUCACAAUCAAGCAUUUAUCCAAACAGACAAACAUCUCACAUACAUUGAUGGUGAUCUUGCCAGUGGGAUUCCUCUGGAGAUCAGUCCAGGGAACACAGUUUUAUCAGAUUUCAGAUUACAAGAUGACAACUUUUACUCAAAUGGCAUCCGACUGGAUCCACCCAUGCUUGAUUUUGAUGAACAGCCAGUGGGGAUGCCACGUAUGGAGAAAGUGAUUGUCCAAAACAUAGAUUCCAAAAACAGUUUACAUCUACUGUCCAUUUCAGGCAGUACUGUACAUUUUCAUUGCUCAUUUUUUCAAGACAAAGUGAUGCCUGAAGGGGGCAACACUACAUUUGAUGUAGUUUUUUUAGCCCGGCAGGUGGGCAAUGUAGAAAAUACAUUGUACAUCCAUACAUCAGUAGGUUCUUUAAAAUAUCAGGUUUUUGGGGUAGGGAUUCCAAAUCCAUACCGCCUGAGGCCAUACCUUGGUGCUCGGGUACCCAUCAAUAGCAGUUUUUCUCCUGUUAUUCAGAUGCAUAAUCCUCAUAGUUCCAAAAUACAGGUCCUGGAAAUGUUUUCCAGUGAAGGAGACCUGCAUUUAGAAUUGCCUUCAGGGGAGAAAGAAGCAACCAAAGAGUUGUGGGAAAUCAGGCCAUAUGAAACAAAAAAUGUAAUGAAGGCCAACUUUGUGGGGCGAGUGGAAAGUAACCACACAGCAUUUAUCCGCAUCAAAACAGAUCAUGAUAGCAGAUCACAAUUACUGAUUCUACCCAUAGAGGUGGAGUUUUCUUCAGAGCCAGGAAUCUAUUCUCCUGUGGAGAUGAUAGACUUUGGCAUUUUGCGCACUUUAGAUGAUCCCAGAACAAUCCCCCUCAGAUUGAUUAAUACUGGUGCAAGAGCAGUGCACAUAAUAAGUGUAUCUUCUUUUCCACCAAAUGAUGCAAUCAGCAUUGAUUUUCGGCCUUUAAAACUUCAACCUGAUGGCAGCAGACAGUAUACAGUAGCGCAUAUAACAUUUCGAGCUAUAAAAGCCCUUAAUUCUAAACAGUGGUCUGGAAGGAUUCUCAUAAAGACAAAAAACAACCUACAAAAGUUAGUCAUACAAUACCAGGCAAGCAUACUGCAUGGCUCAUUGGUAUACAACACCAACACAACAAAUUUUUUUAGUGCCAAGGUCACAAAGAAUUUCACUCGCCCCUUGACUCUUACAAACACAUUCAACUUUUCGGUGGUCAUCUACAAUGUUUCACUCCCCUUGGAAGCAACUCGGUAUUUCUCUGUAAUUAAUUUUACACUUCCUGUGAUAAUUGGACGGCAACAAACAUUAACGCCGUUCCUUUUACAGUUCCAUCCCAACGAUACUCAAAUACAUCUGAGUACCAGUCUUACACUGUACACCAAUGCUUCUACCUUUCUCAUACCCCUAGUUGUUUAUAAUGGCCUCCUCAAGGUUGUUCACCAUCGCCCAGAAAGGUCACAAGGUCAGCUUGAUUUUGGCACCAUGGGAGUUGGUGAAACCCGUAGCAUGAUAUAUACUGUGCGCAACGAUAAUCCAGUGGAUCUAGUGAUGGCACGAUUUGAGACCAAUGUCAGCUGGGCACAGGUGGAGGUGCUGGGAGUGGAGAAAGGAAAUGGCACAACUCUUACUCAUACUCAUAACAUUUCUGACAUUGAUACAGAUCCUCUCAUCAUAAAGCCUUACCACUAUGCAGUGUUCAGCAUCACUAUUGUGGCUCCUCAAGAAGAGGGGGCCUAUGCAGCAGAAGUCUGGAUGUACACUCAGUUUGAAUACCUGUCUAUACCAAUCACCUUCAGAACAGCUGAAGGGAGCUUACUUGCCAUUCCAGAAAAGUUUGUCUUUGAAAAAGUAUUUCCUGGAAAGAUACCAUUCAGAGUUUUACAAAUUCACAGUACCUUUCAUGACAACAUGGAGGUGACACAAGUGCUAUUUCAGCCCCAAGACACGAGAUUUUACUUCCAUCCGCGGAGCAGAGACUCUGUGAAUCUACAGCCACAGGAAGCCAGUGUGGUUGGCAAAAUCUUUUUUGAUCCCAAAAAAGAAUGUAAAGACGACUGCUAUGUCGGUUUACCAACUUUUACACCAGCUGGUCAUCAGUGGUUAUUAGGCCUUACCCUUGAGAAGGAUGUGGCUGAUACAGACCAAUAUCUAUUCACACGUCUCCAACAAAAAUUUCACCGGCUAGAGCACACUGGACAAAACAUAGUAAAUGUGACAAUAGAACUGGACACAAACCAAGUCAAGGGGUUCCUUUUCUCAGCACAAGCCCAUCUACACUGGCCUUCUCUUGUGCGAAAAUCAAGACUAAAAUUUCCACUGACUCAAAUAGGAAAUAUAACUGUUUCUGACUUCAUUGUGGAGAAUUUGGCAGAUGCUGCAAUAUUGAUCCAGGUGCUGCCACUGUCACUGUAUCCAAACCCUCAUACUGUUAUUGAUCUCUUCAGUCAUGGGCUGUCAUCAGAUCUCUCUGACUACCUCGAGACAGAAGACCUUGAUACUUUCCGACUAUUUGAUUUAGAAAAUAUAGUGCCAGGUACUUCCAGUCCAGUCUUUGAGCACAUAAAAAAUGUUGAGACCAGUCUUGGGGUUAUCCCCCACAAGCAAUCUAUCGCUGCCAUUCUGCAGCCUGGCAGCAAAAUUAAAGUUAAAAUUGGAUUCCAACCCCGUGAUGAUCUUGCAAGAUCAUCUUUGAUACUUAUAAGAAACAACCUAACAAUAAUGGACACAGUAAUAGUGACAGGGCAGGGCUGCAAUGGAGAAAUGAAAUUCAGCAACCGCAAACCAGGCUCCCAGUCACCCCUUACCUUUGAAAUGACAGAAAAACACCUGAAAAAUUGUGAGAUUUCAGAAAAGAAGCCAAGUAAAACAACAGUGCCUCAUUUCACUGUACGGAGAACAUUUACACUUCGCAACACAGGGGAGCUGCCUUUUUACGUGCGUGGCUUCAGCAUAAAUGAUUCCCCUUGCGAAGGAUAUGGAUUUAAAGUGCUUGACUGUGAUGGCUUUGAAAUACAACCAAACGGUAGCAAGAAAAUUGAUAUAGCAUUCACACCUGAUUUUACAAUGUCUCGCAUUCGAAGGAUGUUGACAAUACAUACCAGCCUUGGCCCAGCUGCAAAUUAUACACUGCAGGCCACUGUACCUCCACAUCUUUUGUCACGGUGCUCUGCAGCCCUUCCACGUCCAUACUGGGAGCCUGUUCUCUACUACUCCAUUGUCUGUCUCAUGUCUUUCUUGCUUCUGUGUAUUUGCAUAGCAGCAUACUUUGAAGGGGACAGGAUCAUAGUGUCAGACAUCAUCAACCGCAAGCUCAAAGUCAGCAAUGCUACUCAAACUUUUGACAAAGGAAAAGUUUUUGACUUGAGAAAUGUUGCAGGUUUUAGCAUUCCUCCCUCCAGACCUUCGUUAUCCACAGGAAGCUCGAGCUUCCUGUCACCAUCACCAGCUUUGUCUUUACCCACGGCACAGGAUUUGCGAGCAGCAGCAGCAACUAAAUCAGUGAUUCACAUCAAUGGACAUGUGGAAUACCACCAGAGUAACAACAGUCACCAAUCAUUCCUAAGCAGUGUGAUCAGUAUUAUGAAACGUUUCAUUCCUCGAAACCUGUUUUACAGCACUGCAGCUAGCUCCUUGUCAUUUCAUAAGCAGGUUUCACUGCCCUUGCCUCAAGGAAAAGCAGCUCCAGAACCUGCUAGCACAAAUUGCAGUGCUCCUGUCAGUAAUAAGGAUGUCAGUAAAAAGGACACUGAUAGCUCUUUGAUGAAAAGUAACAACAAACAAAGGAGCAGCCCUGAUCAUAAGACACAACCCCAGCAACAAGCACACGGACAAAAUACAGAGACCACUGAAAAAGGGUGUCCCAAUGGAGCUGCCAAAAGUAUUAAGCGAUCCAAGCCUGGGAAACGACACACGGCCGAUGGUGCAAGUUUAAUAUCUGCCACGUCGGAUGACUCUUCAGAUGCUAAGAACAUCAAAGAUUCAACUGUCCUUAGUGCUGCCAAGAAACAAGCAGAAAGUGAGAAUGACUUCAAAUUUGGUUCUGAAGUUACAGAUGACUAUCCUGAAGAAGAUAUCCCAAAGACAGACUCAAACACAUCAAAGCCAGCAGGUAAGGCACAAGCUAAAAAAGUAAAAGGCAAGAGCCACACAGAACGAGACCUGCUGAAAGACAAAUUUGUGAGACGCCACAACUCCAUCCCAGAUGACAAGGAUGAGACAUCCUCCACCACUACAGAUUCAUCUGGUGGAGGAGACCAGGAAGACAAGCAGAACACCAAUGCUAGAGACUCUACACCAGAACCUGUUAUUCCACUGAACUUCACAAGCUCAAAGAAAUCCAAGAAGAACCGACAUGAGAAAGUUGUUGCUGCUGUCCUCAAUGGUGAAGUCAAUGAUGAUGACAACUUUGAACUCACAUCCAAAUCAAAAGCUCAUCGCAAAAUCCGUGUCAAUCCCAAGAUAUAUGGUGGGGAUAUCAUGAAACCAAGCACACUGGACUUGCCAUACACGCUGCCAAAGGAGAAAGAUAAGACUGAGUCACUCACUCCAUCUGAACCAACAAGGCGAAGCAAGAAGACACGAAAUCAGUCCAAGAGUGACUUCUUGUUGCACACUGUUCACCUGGAUGAUUGUGAUCAUGAACUCGAGCCAGGUCGCGACUCUCCCCCUCCAGCCUGGGACCAGCCUGCCAUUGGCCAUUUAGUGCCUGGUGACCUAAGUGAGCUCUCCAUCCAGACAGAGAACUUUGCACAACAACUUGGACGCAGUAGCAGUAGCGCCAGCAACAGCAGCAGCACUGGGGGAGGCUUUGGUGGCCCCCCAAGUGGCAAUCACUCCCCUGACAGUCUAUCGGCACCCAGCUGCUCUUCCAGUUACAGCAGCAUCGUCAGCUCUAAUGGUCUGGGUCCAUCUACUGUCAUGACAGGCUCAGCGAUUACUGCUGCCAUGGAUGGAACUAACACUAAUCUUGCAGCUCGUCUGGGUUCAAAAACACAGUCAUUACCCCUUCUUGGGGAUGCUGCUAGGUUCCAAGGAUUUACUCCCUAUGCUGAGACCAUUGGCAUGCCAGGUCUUGGGCCUCCCAAACCUGCACCUGUCCCAUCAGUCACCAGUGGAGCCAGUGCCAGUACAUGGAGUGGCUUGCCACCUGCCUCUUGCAUCAACAACAGGGGAAGCAGCUUUGGACUACAGACUAUUGAUGAAGGUGCUAGUCCUAUGUUUGGUAUGCAACCUGCUGAUAUCUUUGGACCGGGUGACAGCCUGUACCCACAGUACAGUGAUGGCUUGGAACCCAUUCAGCAGCAACAGAGUCUUACCAUGAUGCAGCAGUUGCAGGCAGAACGACGCCAGCGCAUUCGACAACAUCAGCUACGUAUAAAGAAAGAUGAUUGGCCAGGGUUUGAUGUGCUUCCAGUUCCCAAUGACAGCCUCUGGGACAAUGACUACAACCCACUAGACCCUCUUACAAACUGGUCCCCAACAGUAGUGGAACCCCCUGCACCACCUGUGACUGGCUUCUGGAACACACUACAGAAUUUGGCUAACAUUUGGAGUCCAUCAGCCCAAGUAUCUGUUGUUCCACCGUCACCUCAAGUGCCUCAGCCACUUCUGCCACCAUCAGCACCCAUCUCACCGACUCAGCUGCCUGCUCCUUUAUCACCACUUGGAGCAGUUCCUUCCACCACCGUUCAGAAUUCUAUCUUACGUCCCGAUGCUCCCCCUUUCACCACAGCUGCUGAAAAUGCAGCUAACUUUGUCAACCCAGUGGCUGUCACAUCACAUCUUCAGCAGUCACAGAUAAGUGGUGCCAAAACAUUCAGCCCAUUCAGUACUCCAAUGGCAGACAUUUGGAAACCAGCAUCAACCACCAAUGUGUCCGACAACACAUGGGGCCAGUUUCUGCCACCUAUGAAAGAAGACAAAUAAGAUUCAUCUUUGACAAUACCACUGAGAGACACUCUGCUGUCUGUACUUUCACACUGCUUGCUUUUCAUGCAUCGUUUUGUAUUUGUGGUUUCUUUUAUUUGCAUUUAUUUUGCAAUAGAAUAACAGCAGAUUAUUUUGCUGUUGAUGUAACGAGUAAUGAAAAGAGAUUAGGGUGGGAUUUUUCAUAAUUUCUUUUUCCUUUUUUUUUUUUUUUUUUUUUUGAGGAAGUAGGUGAUUGAAACAAUAGAAUCAUAUUUUUGAAUAGAGCUUAUCUCUGAUAAAAACUGGGUUUGAGUGGCGUUUUCAUUUUUAACAUGAUUUUGUGAUUUCAUAUAGAAUUUUUCUCAGACAUCUGUUUUCAAGGUUUCUUUUUCCUCAGUGUAUUCCACAAAGACACUAGGUUUUCAGUAGUCUUUCAGUAAUUGUCACAGUAGUCCUGAUUAAAAAUCUUUCCUUUCCACUCCCAGUCAAUUAAAAAUGAAUAAUAAGAUAAUCUGCAUUUUGUUUCAUUUUUAGUUUCAUUGUAAUCCAGGUAGGUGGCUGCUUUCUUUGCUCAUGCAUUCUUACCAUACACCAUUUGCAUUUGCACCAUAGGUAUUUCUAGAACAAACCGCUAAAAUGUAUACCCUUCUUACAGACAUCAGUAGCGGUCAUUAUCUUAAUCCUGUGUUUGUGUCAUCUUUUUCUUCCAGGUCUCUGUUUUGAUACCAGUUUCUAGUUUAAAUAUUUGUGAGCUACACCAUCUUAUUUCAAAGAUUUUUAUUUCACUUUACAUUUCUCUCGUGUCAGGUAUUGCUCCAGAAAAUUUUAACAUUUUUGUCAAGAUUCAAAUAUUAAGUUUAGAGGAAUAGACCAGUGUUAUAUAACUGCAUAUACUUAUAAAAUAUUGUUGACAAUAUUACUCAAUGGAGCUGUGCCUUUUAGGAGAUAAGAAUGGACUAAAUGAUAUCUUUGAAGACAAAUGUGAGAAGUAAAUUUUGAAGGGCCAAGCUAGUAUAGAUUUUCUCCACUGCAAGUGGAUUUGCAGCUGUUUAAUUAUUUCCUCAACUGAAAAUAGCAUAGUGAGAAAAGAAAAGGCUUAAAUCUACACAGCAUCAUUCCUGUUAACAGAUAUCAAAGGAAGAACAUAUGAUGUGAACAUACUGGCCAUUGGCAGGUUUGCAAUCAGGGAUCUGUACCUGAGCAGCAUAGAACUUUUAACAUUCUCUUUUUUUAAUGUCUUUUCUCUUCACUUCAUGCAUGAAACUCACAGAGUGUCUCUCAGACUUUUUUUUUUUUUUAGCUGAUGGCCUUCAUUGGGAAAAAAGGUGUCCUUCAUUAUUGAAAAUAACACAGCAUAGAUUAUUUGCGUGUGGCUUAAAACUGGAAAAAGAAUGUGCUUGCAAUAGUGAAAUUUAAUAUAUAUGUACAAGAAAUUGCAUGCAGGCACAUGGCUUCAAAUGUGUGGUCACUUACAUGCUUGUAAACAAAUGCUGAUGGUACUUCCCAUAUAUUCAUGCAUGGAAACCUUUCAAUGUGAGCAAUGGUGGCCAGAUGUGUUUGCAUAUGCAUAAACAAACCACCUACAUAAAAGUGCAUGACCCUGCACAUUAAUGCACCAAAAAAGACUACAAUGAGCAUCAGCCUGUAACACUUAUAUGAUGCAUCACAUUAUGUGAUCAUGAAAGCUCUUGACAAGGGCUUAAUAUAAAAUGGGAUUUUGAAAAAGGGACCUAUGCACUCAUUCUGAACUGGAUGUGACCUACCAAUCGAAAUUGACAUUUAUCUUCAUACCAAGUCCUUAUGUUGCCAUUUCCCUAGACUUUGCUUAUGUUCUCCUUGAGAACAGAGGUGACCAUGUAAAAGGGAUAUGUAUAGCCAUAAUGACCUGGAUAUGACCUACCUAUCAAAUUUGACUUGCCCUUAUGUUGGCAUCUCCCUAAACUUUGCCUACGUUAAACCCCAAAAUUGUGGUGACGUAUACCUAUGCUGGACUGGACAUGACCUGACUAUUAGAAUUGACUUUCAUCCUCAUAUCAAGCCCUUUAUGUUGCCAUCCCACUAGGUUUUGCCUAAGUUAUAACUGAGAACAGUGCUGACUAUUUUAUGGUGGUUUCUCUAUAGUCAGUAACACUUUAAAUAAAGCAUUUUGUUGACUUUCAUGAUUAUAUUAAAAAUUAUUAAAAAGAAAAGCCUCAUUUGAUUUAUUAGAAGCAUCAUAAAAUGAGCAUAAUUUGAUUUAAUUAUCUUAAAGUAGCAACAAAGGGCUUCAUGUGAUUGAGGAAUAAGUAUUUUUAUGUGAGGCAUUUGACUGACCCCCAGUCAUUGACGAAAGUAUCUUGGUACCAUUUGCUUUACCAACAUGAAUUACUACGGCUAUACCAAAAUGCUUCUGACAUCUGAAUGGUGGGAGAUAGUGCUGGACAGAUGACAACUACCAAGAUGAGACCAUUAAACAAAUUCAGCAGGCUAUUGUGAAAUAACUUGCACCAAAACUGACUGACAAGAGUUUAGAGAGCAAGAUGUGCUACUACAUAAACUCGAAAGUGCAGGAUUGUUUGAAUUUAGGGUGUUUUUUUUUUUUUGUUUUUUUUUUUGAAGAUUAGUGGGCUAGAACACGAAGAAACAGUUAUUUGAUAAUUGGGAUUAGGCUAUGGCACUUAUAAAGUGUAAGUAAAGGGUUGUGAAGCAUUAUUUUUUCCUUGAAAAACAUCUUGCUGUGGCAGUAACUGGAAAAGAAACACCUGUAAUACCCAACAGGGAUUUGCAUGACUGGUACAAUCAACAAGUUUAUGCUAAUUUGUUUCACUAAGUUUACUGUUCAGUCUUCAGAGAUUUUAUUACAUGCAGUGGCUAGUGUGGGCUUGAAGUGAAACAGCUAUAGGUGAUGCUAUGUUACACCCUCAUGACAAACUGCCAAAUCCCCAUUUGAAGCUGCACAACAAUUUUCUGCAGCAGCAUCUUGUGAGCAAUCAUAUCUUGAAAGAAGAAAAUUUUCCUUUAAUAGAGACACAAUGCUGUCUCUUGUUUCUCUUAGCUUUGACCCUUUCCACUUUAGAAUUACUGUGUUUAAAGGAAGCGUUAUUUUUAAUUUUGUGUGUGAAUCCUUUUAACGAAGUUAACACACACAUUUGGGUUGGAAUUGUCGGUGUUUUGUUUGACACGAUGUUGAAAAGGCUACAUGAGUUAGUGGCCUUCAUGCCCUGCUGGGAAUACACCAGCAUUACCGGAUGUACUAUCUGAACCUGACUCGACCAGUUCUCCUGAAACAGAUCCCGGCAUUUUUUUGCUUAGAGGAUCCAUGCACUCAGACAAGUUAGAUGCAUAUUCACUAGUCUUCACAGCUAAGGGUUAUUGCCACAAACAUUGCCAGCAGUCUAAGGAAAAGAACCCAAGUCAGUCUGAUUCCAAGUGAAGGGUUGCUGCUUAAUAUUGUUCUCAGAAUAUGGAACUACAGUUAUUUGUUAUUUUCACAAGUUAGUGGUUAGAAUUGUAGGCCUCAUUAAUGUCCUCACUGAAAGGGGGCCAGUGAUGUCAGCAGAGUACAAAAUUUGUGCUCACAGUACUUGUGUUUUUGUUUCUUUCUUGAUUUUAGUUGGUGGUGUAGAAUUUGUUAUUGUCAUUUUUGACUUGUUUAUAUUUUCUAGUAAAAGUAAAGAGUACCACUUUUUGAUGAUUAAGUGGCAUAUUCUACAGACCUCAAGAGACUUGCACAGUCAGCUUGAUAAAAAUGUCAGAUUUUUUAUUUUUCUUUGUCGAAAGUUCUGAAUGUGAAAAGACUUCUGGCAUUGUUUGUGGCUAGGCUGCAAUAAUUUUCAGGGUACUGCUGUUUGUAGAUAGGAUCUACUGCCAGCAUGCUUCACUGGGAAGAUGACAUUAGUUGUCAUGUAACAUUAAUUACAAAGGACUUUUAACAUUACAAAUGCAAAAUGUAAAUUAUUGUCAUUAAGAGUAACUGUCAUUUAUUUUGGAAGUCAAUGAUUAACUGAGCCAGUGUGCAGCUAAGAAAGAACCGCCAACUUUUGAAGAAGGCAUGGUCAUUGCCAUGUAUAUCAUUUAGUUUUUAACAAAACAAUAUUUCUUAUGUAUUUGUAUGGUGUUUUUACCACAGAUACUGCAGUCCAAAAUUGUUUUCAAACACUUGCUAUGUUAUUCUCCCCCUACCCCCAUCUUUAUUGAGUCAAAAAUGUGAUUUGUUAUUGCCCAUUGUUUAGCAAUGUUUGUAUCACUUUUUUUUAACAAUUAGCUGAGACAUGUAUCAGGAGAAACAAUUGUCACCUGGUUGUGAAAACUGACAGUGUACUUCUGCCUGUUUUCACUCCUGAAAUACUGUGCUUUGUAACUACUGGUGUUUACUUACAUUGGUCCCAUGCUCCUGAUAACUCCUUCUCAUGGGUAAAGAGGACUAAUAAUUCUUGUAUCAGCAAUUCUGUAUAAGGAUUUAAUUCCUAGGGGUUGGCAGUGGUGCAUACAAGUAUUAAGCUGCUGCCACCCAGAUAUACAGGUUUUGAGUAUCCCGGCAUCUGCUGCCAGCCUAAUCUUGAAACUGUUUUUAACAAAAAUAAAGAAAGAAUACAAUUUUA